AUGGCCCUGAAAGACGAGAUCAUAAAAUCCAAAGAAGAACAGCUCUACAUGCUCGAGGUGUUCGUCGAUCAAGUGACUUUAAAUCCUGAAGUUCCAGAUAUCAAUGUUAAAGAUUUGCUUGUACGCGUGAGAUUCGUCGAUUUGCCAGAAUAUGAGAUAAGCGUCCCUCAAAGAAAAGAAGCUGUUGAUCAGGGUCAUGGAUCAUCUGAAAAUGUUGAAUUUAGAAAAUCGUGUUUGUUCGCCAAAACGCCUAGUUGUCUUAUCAGAGCCAUAAGAUGGUCACCUGUGUAUUUAGACUUGUAUCGUAAAGACGUUGCUUGCUCGAAUAAAAAUGGUGCCUUUUUGGGAACAGCAAAAUUGUCUUUGCCCGCUUGCAUGUGCAAGCAAGUGAUUGCUACGCAAAAUAACAGUAACGAUCUAUCUGCACCGUGUAUAGUUAAAAAUUCGUUUGAUAUAACCGAUUCUAAUGGAGAAACGUGUGCUAAAAUAAUGGUAAUUUUAAGAUUAUCGUGUUUUGGGAGCGCCAUUGUCGAGCAAUUCUCUUUAAACGGGAAAUCCUUUAUGUUGGAGGAUUCACCGCUUCAGAAAUUCUUAUGCCCUUACAUUUUCCCGAAAAGUUCAAAAUUUGAAAAAGACUCGAAAGAUGAGAAUGCCGCGGAUAAACCUUUAUUAAAACGACCAGAGUCUCCUCCACGAAUUCCAAUGGGACAUCCUGCUUUUAAGACUCUAACUACGGCUGAGAAACUCAACGAUCCUAAAUACCGAGAAAUGAUAUACAGUGCCUAUCCAAAUGAGCCAACGUGCUAUUGCCUACCCAAAGAUCGUUCGACACAUCCAAUGAUUUGUCCCUCAGGUUGUACUUAUUGUACGAAAUUAAGGAAUCCCGAUAUAUUAUCCAAAGAAGGAAAUAAACGCGUCGAAGACACAUUAUCCAACACUUACUGCGUGAACGAUUUUCUGCCUGCAUUGCACACGCUGAAGCAGGAUUCUCCAUGCAAUAAACCAUCUAGGUUGAAAGGCGGUGGAGAUGUAGAGCAAAUUUACAUAGAUCCGAUUACUUUUAGGUGGAUUGACUACGAUGUUGAUUACGCUUGGUACGAUGAGAAGCAUAAUAUGGGAACUCGAUUGGUAGGUGGCGGUGAGGAGAAAGAUAUGUCCAACUGCAGUUGUUCAGGUAGCCCAGUGCCAGUUCUGCCGCGAAAAGCAACAUUCAGAGAUAAUGACGUGGUGCCCAUUUUCGAUGCUUGUACGCCUCGUAUAACGUCCACUGGAGCAACUCCAACUUGCAUUUGUCCUGGAAAAGAUGCGAAAUUUCCUAGAGGAGCUGCAAAAUGUAUGAAAUCACCGUGCCCAGGGAUAGACUGUCUGAUUCGAGCGUUCAGAGACGCGCAAGAUUUUGUGGAUUCGAUUGGGAAAGUGCCAGGAUUACCAGGACUCGGUUUAAUGGAUCCAUCGGAAAGUCCUUAUUUCGGCAGAGACAUCGAUAAAGAUUACGUGCCUCCGGAUCGACCAGCACUAAAGAAAAAGUCACCACACGGGAUUCUGCAAGUAGCAGCAACACAAGCAGCAACUCCUGCAUGCACCGCUCCCUGUAGCAUCAAACUUAUCGACGAUAUGCGUCCUCACGUUGCUCCUUAUUCACCUCCGAUUACUCGAGGAAUCGUGCCACCUCGGUUAGGAAUUGUCCGCGAGGCUAUACCUGUUUUACCGGAGGCCGGUUUAACAACUGCGCCCGUGAAACAUAGAAAGAAGGAGGAGAAGAAGGACGAGAAAACGGACAAACAGAAGGAACUGGAAGUCACGUCGCCCGUGCUGAUGGACUCGGAGGUGGGUCCUUGCGGUGAACCGAGAUGCAAAUCGAGAAGAAGAAAGCCUCAGGAUAAUAGUAGCGUGACGCUGAGUACCACUCAUAUCUCCUCCAAGACGCGGACCGGCGUAAAGCGUGCCGCUGCUAGUCCGAAAGCUCGUCACAAAACGAAGAAGGGACCUAAGCGUGAAUUGAAGCGUCGUGAUCCACAAUCGAAGCACGAUGAUCUGUCGGUACGGGCAUCCGAUCAUCCGUACCGCGACACUAGGAGUUGGCAUUCUGAAAAAGCUAAUAGUAAAAAAAGAGAAAAGGAAAAGGCAAGGGAGAAAUCUCUAGGCCCUGGUGGCGAUCGCCACGUACCUGAAUCAACUGUUACCUCGCAAUCGCCGAUUCCAGUCAGCAGACGGAUAAUGCGGUACGUUUAUUUCGUCGGUGAUUAUUACCCUGGGAUUCAUUUUGGUCAUCGAAACUGCAUCGACAUACCUAUGAGAGUCCCGGCUAACAUGGGCUGGUUAUGGAACACGAUGGACACGGCGACAAAGUUGAAACCGCGCAUUGGUUGGAGACCGGGUGCCAUUGGUCGCUACUUGUAUGAAAUGUUGCAAGACGCGAAGGAGAUUUCCAUUGAAGAACUGGAAGAAGAAAAGGCAAGAAUUGAUCGAGCUGAACGUAGACGAACCGAUCGCGGAAGAGCCGAUCGUGGAAGGAUCGAUCGUGGAAGAGUCGAUCGUGGAAGAAUUGAUCGCGUAAAAAUAGAUCGUGGAAAAAUUGAUCGAGGAAGAAUGGUGGAACGCGCGCGCUCGGCACCUUCGCGAUCGAAGAGCACCGCGAGAAGACAGAGAACCGGAAGGACUAUGAGUUACCAGUCGAUGCAGAAGCAAUCAAAGAUGGAGGGAGAAGAGGAAGGACCGGAAUCUCCGCCGACAUUACAUAUUCACAGGAAAGAUGGCACUUAUUACGUAACGAUGUAUCCCAUUAGGCAAGAAACAUCCACCGAACCUCGUUUGUCUGAGCCAAUGAAACCACUGCAAUUUAAGAUCGUGAAGAACAAAGAUGAUGCUUCUGACACGUCUAGCUCGACCGCGUCCGACAUGGAGAUCGAAUUCUCUCCUCCCGCGGCGGUAACCAGGCCUCGUAAAAAACCUGAUGUUAUCCACGUUGAUACUCAAGUGCGUCAGCAGGAAAUUCUAGACGCGUACAAAACAGAGGAUUUUAAGAAAAAGAGCCGAAGAAUAACUAGAAGGGAAAAGAAAGUGAAGAAAGAUUUUGGUUAA